GGGCAGAGAAUGUGAGGACCAAAGCAAAGAAAAGCCAUGUUCUUAUUUUGCUGCCUGUUCUAGGCCUCUCGCUAUCUCAAUAAUACAAAUUCAAACUCCCACAGACUUCAUACACAGAGAAAAGGAAACCAAACGGAACGGAACGAUAACUUCAUUUGUAAUGAAAAUCUCUCUUAUUCUCUCUACAAGUUGCGUUGUCUCAUUCUUCACCUAAACUCUCUGUCUUUUUCCUCACAUUUCAUUUCACUGCAAAGAAAAAUCUCUAUAAUUAAUGUGUUUGGAGUUGCUAGAUCUGAAUGCUCCAUCCUUUUCCCUUUGUUCUAUGUAAUUGUUAAUUCGUUUCCUAAUCCAUCAAUGGGAUCCAGUGGAAGUAAAGCUGCUGCUUCUGAUCAAUCGGCGGCAGCGUCGGCUUCGUCUAGCAAGACUCGAAAAUCGAGAGUCGGCUGGGCUUUUCAGUCUUCUUGUCUCGGCGCUCCAUCUGGAUCUUGCUGCGAUGGCCGUCAAGACCAGGUUCGUCACUCUGACUUAUCUAGGGUACCUGACUCGUAUGAGCAGCAUACAGAGGAGGGUACGGACGAGGCUGAGAUGGAGUCAGAUGAGUUGAAAAUUGAUAGUGACAGGAAAGUAAAAAAUGACAUCUCGUGUAUAUCUUCAAAUGCUGAGGUUGAUGGUAGCAAUUCUAGUCGAUCAUCUUCUACACCUAAUUGCUUUCUGUCACGCUUUAGCUUCACUCCUGGUAAUAUAAACUUUAGAUUAAGCAGAGCAACCAGUUUAGGGUCAUCAAGAGCUUAUUCCGAUGAACCAGAGCUUCAACCACGUUCUGGUUAUGGUAGUGGUAACUUUAUUGAUAGGAUUGAAGCGCAACAAGGUGGUGAUUUGCUUCCUCAAACUCAGACGAGUUGUCAAGAUAGUACGAUUAAUUAUCAGUUAAAUUGGGAUAAUUUGCAAGACAAUCAAACUGUUUCUUCCUUAUACAGUAGUAGCACUAGAACAGGUGUUGAAGGAAAUUUACAUUCUCCUAGAGUUCUGAAUGAGUUGGAGAACAUUGGAACUAGACAGAGUGGAGCCCAGGAACCUGUUGAAAGGAAUGUUCGUUUUAGCCGAACUCUCAGUGUGGGGAGACUCCGUGAUAGAGUUCUUCGCCGAUCAUCAUUGACUGAUUUAACAUUUUGUCCUUUGCAACAAGAGAGAGAAGUGAGAGAUGGUAAUCAAAGCGGUGGGAGGUAUCUCUUUGACAGUGACAAUAGAAUUCCAACUUCUGAAGGUAAUGCUGGUACUUUUCCAGCAACAUCUGGUUAUCCACCAUCCAGUAUGUCUAGCACCUUGUUCGACAUACAAGAUCAUGAGGUUGAAACUUCACAAUCAAGAGAUGCCAGGUAUCAUGAUUUAUUGGAACAUAGAUCAAAUUUCCUUGAACGAAGGAGAAGAAUACGCUCUCAGGUUCGUGCUCUUCAACGGUUGGGAAGUCGUUUUGAGAACCUGUCUGGGCAUGCGAGGUCUUGUAUCUUAUUUGGUCAAAAUAGAACGGGCCAUUGCACAUGUCGUGUGAGUAAUCGAGAUGCCAGCUCUAAUGAAGAUACCAACGCUAGAGCUAGCAUAUCGAGAAUUGUAAUGUUAGCUGAAGCACUAUUUGAGGUUCUGGAUGAAAUACAUCAGCAAUCUGUGGUGUUAUCCUCUCGGCCUUUGUCUUCAUUAAGAUCUAUUCCUGCACCUCAAGAGGUUGUGGAAUCUUUGCCAGUCAAAUCUUACACCAAGUCACAGAAACAUUAUAACGAGGAGGUUGCACAAUGCUACAUUUGCCUUGUGGAGUAUGAUGAAGGUGACAGUGUGCGGGUACUGCCUUGUCAUCAUGAAUUCCAUAGAACUUGCAUAGAUAAAUGGCUCAAGGAGGUUCACAGAGUUUGUCCUCUUUGUCGUGGAGAUAUCUGCAAAUCGUAUUUCUUGCUGAAGGAGAACUAAGGUGCCCGGUGUGCUCUCUUCUUCAAAGACAAUUAGAACUCCUGAGCAGUAGUUUAAGUUCUCUAGUUGGCAGGUUUUAGUAAGUUCUGCCUUUUCUACCAGUGUGGCUGGUUUGGUGUACGUUUAUGGCUUUGAUUGCACAAUACAAAUAUCCAAACUCAGUAGAAAUGGACUGAUCUACUUGCAUUCGGAAACGUAGCCGGAGCCCGAUUGAGAGUACUUGUUAUUUCUGAUUAUUGAUAUUUGUUACAUGGUCCCAAAAUGUCAUUGAUUUGUUCAGAAAAAUGUCUGAUGUGUUUCAAGUUGCCAA